UAUAAAUAUAUAGUAGUCAUAUGAAGGGUUUGGAUCAAUAAAUGAACCAAUUAUUUUGUUUCAGUAUGUUCAGCUGAUAUAAUGUUGCACAGAACCAAUUAGAGUUUAGUCUUUGCUAUUUGAACCUAAUUUUAAUACACUUAUGUUGUCAUGAUCUUUCAACAAAAUGUAAUAACUUGCUCUGCUUUCAAACUCACUUUCCACUUUUCUUGUGUAGUCAAACAUUGAGCAUGGUGCAAGCAACGCCAAGGUUGUGGGUUCAAUUCCCAGGGAAUGUAUAAACUGGUUAAAUGCAAGUAUAAACUUGAAUGCAAUGUAAGUUGCUUUGGAUAAAAGGUUUUGCCAAAUACUUGAAUAUAAACUGCUCUAUAUGAGUGAAGAACCACCACGCGACUUAAAGUCAACAGGAACAGUAGUUUUCCUUAUUUUACUUUUGUAAUGUGGCAUCAUAAAGCAUUAAAAACAUUUGUUUUAACUGGAAUAACAUUGGAGUCACGUACCAUAUGACCUGGUACAUGUAUUAAGCAAAGUAAAUAGUGGUGUUAAUUUCAUCAGCUAUUUUUUUUAGUCCUGUUUCAAAUGUACAUUUUAGUUUUUAUCAUAUUUAGUCAGCCUUGUCCUGUUUUUGCUUAGUCAAGUUUUAGUUGAGUAAAUUUCAUGGCAUUUUAGUCUAGUUUUAGUCAAUGAAAACAUUUUUGUCAUGCUGCAUAGUGAUUCAAUUGAUAAUACGCAUGGUUUAUUUUUUCUCAUCUAGGCCUGGUUUCACAGACAGGGCUUAGAUUAAACCAGGAUUAAGUCUUAGGAUAUUUAAGUAGCUUUUAUAAACAUGCCUUAGAAAAAAACAUGACUGGUGUUCAUCUUGAGACAAAACAAUGGCAGUGACAUAUUUUAAGUUAAAAAGCUCAAACAUGCAUUUUAGUCUGGGACUAGGCUUAAGCCUUGCCUGUGAAACCAGGCACUAGUCUACUAAUUUUUUUUAUAGGCUAUUUAUCAUAAAUUAGCACUCUCUGUCUACGUUUUGGUAACUGGUAAAAUAAGAAACUGCUCUCAAAAAUAAAACCGUUAAAUUCCUAAUAGUAAUUUCAAAUUACAUGAAUGGUUUUUUUUCUAUUAAAACAACAGCAAAAAAGACUUUGUAUCGUCACACAGAGGUUGCAUUUAUUCAGCAACCACAGUCUCAAGUAAAUAUAGUCAAGAAUAUUUAUGUUUGGAUUUAUUACAGUUCAUCACUGAGAAGGUUUGAUCGCAGGUUUAGUCGCAGCAAACAACACAAGCGGCUCGUGAAGGAUCACAGACUGGCUGAAUAACACUUUCAUUUCAGCAUAACAUCUUAAUGGAGAUUGAUAAACUCCAGCUUACAUGUUUGUCUGUGUUUUCAGAUAAUUGUGUCGCUUCUUCCACAGUGUAGAGAGAGCGUGUGCGCAAGUUGAAGGCUUUGGCGUCACUAAAAAAAUACGGUGUGGGAACUUGUGGACCAAGAGGAUUCUAUGGGACCUUUGAUGUUCAUCUGGAGUUAGAAGAGCGCUUGGCAAAGUUCAUGAGAACAGAGGAGGCUAUCAUCUACUCGUAUGGCUUUGCCACCAUCGCCAGUGCCAUUCCUGCUUACUCCAAGAGAGGAGACAUCAUCUUUGUCGACGAGGCAGCAUGUUUCUCCAUUCAGAAAGGCCUCCAGGCUUCACGCAGCUUCAUCAAAUACUUCAAACACAAUGAUAUGGAGGAUCUAGAGCGCCUUCUGAAGGAGCAAGAGAUUGAAGAUCAGAAGAAUCCACGUAAGGCGAGAGUAAUCAGACGGUUCAUUGUAGUUGAGGGACUCUAUAUCAACACUGCAGAUAUCUGCCCACUACCUGAACUGAUAAAACUGAAGUACAAAUAUAAAGUACGAAUCUUUCUGGAAGAGAGCAUGUCUUUUGGAGUGCUUGGAGAACAUGGAAGAGGGGUCACAGAGCAUUUUGGGGUCAAUAUUGAUGAUAUUGAUCUCAUAAGUGCCAACAUGGAGAAUGCGGUGGCGUCCAUCGGAGGUUUCUGCUGUGGACGAUCAUUCGUUAUUGAUCAUCAGCGUUUGUCAGGUCAGGGUUACUGUUUCUCAGCGUCUCUUCCGCCCAUGCUGGCUGCUGCUGCUAUUGAAGCCCUGAACAUUAUGGAGGAAGAUCCAGGCAUUUUCAGGGUUCUGCAGGAGAAGUGCAAACACGUCCACAAAGCACUCCAAGGGACUCCAGGAUUGAAGGUGGUGGGAGAGUCUUUAGCUCCGGCUCUCCAUCUACAGCUGGAAAACAGCACAGGAUCCAGAGCAAAUGACCUGAAACUGCUCCGAUCAAUCGUCGAUUACAGUUUGGACAGACAGAUCGCGCUGACUUUGGCUCGAUACCUGGACAAAGAAGAGCGAUUUCUUCCGCCGCCAAGCAUUAGAGUAGUUGUCACCAUCGAGCAGACGCAGGAGGAAAUCGAGAAAGCAGCGCAAUGCAUUCGAGAAGCAGCUGUAAACCUCCUGAAAUGACGUUAACACAUCAACACAUCCAUCACACUAUGAAGCUUUAAAUGUCAUUGACCUGAGAUCAGCAGAGACAUGAAAGUGAGAGUCAUCCUUCCUGAUGGUUCCAUGACCUUUGACCCUGAAGACCUCAAAAACACACUGAUUGAACCUGUUUCUGUUAUAUUUAUGUUUUUCCGUACUUGGUGUACAGAUAAUGUGGAUUAUUUUAGUCUCCAUUUCACAUUGAAAUAAAUGCAGAGCUGAUUCUUCAUGCUGUUUGCAGUUGUUGUGCACCAUCAAACCUGUUCAUGAUCUGUUCAAUGCCUUGAAUGAUGAUGGGAGAUCUUAACUAAUCAAUAGUAAAUAUACCAUAAAAUAUAAAGUAACUUUUUUUAUACACUAGUAUUUACAUGUUACCUUUGACCAAAGAGUUGCUUCUUUACCACAUUUCAAAAUGUUCAUGCACUGCGUAUGAAUUAUGUUCGUUCUCUGGCUGUGAGGAAUUGUACAUUCUCAAUAAUGCAGUUAUUCUUAUUUGGACUCAGCUUUUUAAUUGUGGACUUUUUCGGUAACAGUGCAGUAUGAGUGUUAUAGAGCAAAAGCUCACACACAGAUAUCAAAUAUGAUCAAAUAAUAGUUUUGAUUCAGUUGUAAUUGUCAAAAUGUGACUUUGUUUUCAAGCAAAAUUCAGGAAUAAAAUACGUUUCAUUAUACAAA